AUGUGUAAGGAGAAGUUCGUGAGAGUACUGCGAGCGGGUCGUCUGAAUUACGGAACUGCUCUGGGCUUACAACGCGCUUUAGCGGAGAAGCAUAAAGUUCAAGAAAAGGCAGGCGUUGGAGGAGAAGAAAAUGUUCCUGACAGUUUGAUAUUGGUGGAGCACGAGCCUGUUUACACGGUAGGGAUUCGAGACAAGGCCUAUGAUCUUGAGACGGAAACGAAGCUGCGAGGGCUUGGAGCGGAUUAUCACAGAACAAAUCGUGGGGGUUUGAUAACGUUUCACGGGCCCGGCCAAUUGGUAGCGUAUCCGAUAAUAAAUCUAAAAUCAUUUAGUACGAGCGUGCGUCGUUAUGUUUGUCAAAUCGAGCGUAUGACGAUACGAGUUUGUGCGGAAUUUGGAAUAAAAGCGGAAACGACCACGGACACGGGAGUUUGGGUUGAAGAUCGUAAGAUUUGUGCUAUCGGUAUACACGCCAGUCGUUACAUUACGACUCACGGAUUGGCUCUCAAUUGUAAUACAGAUCUGAGCUGGUACGAUCAUAUCGUUCCUUGUGGUAUCGUGGGAAAAAGUGUAACGAGUAUCAGCAAGGAAGUCGGUGCUUCCGUCACCCUCGACGAUGUGAUUCCAAUAUUUAAAAAUGCCUUCAAAGACGAGUUCUCUUGUCGCCUUAUUGAAUUUCCACUCGACGAAGUUUCUGAAUUAUUGCAAACUUCGUCGAGUUCAAAUUCUAAGAUUGGGUCGAGCCCGACUGAGCCAAAGUCUCCUGUAUCUGCCAGAUCUUGAUCACUUUUUUCUUUUUCUCUUUCUAUUUAUUUAUAAUAUAUUUUAUAACGAGAUUUCCUUAAAUUUCGUGCAUCAAACGAAUCCGGAACUGCAACGAAGAUAUUAAGAUUCCAACGAAAUUUCCUAGACCCUGGAAAACUCAGCCAUGCACUCCGCAACGAAAUUACUUUUUCAACUAUUACAGCCUUUAACUUUGUUUAUAAAAUGGUUAGUACACUAUGAAACGAAGGACAACGAUGACUUUUGUCUCUUUAUCUUUUGGACAGCGAAUGCGUUAGGACAAAUAUUUCGAUGCUGUAAAUUUCAGGGAAAUCUUGACACACAUUGACAUUGAAUAUAUUCAAGUUAACCAAUAAUAUAAAGAGGGUGUGAUCUCCACGAAUAAAAUAUGAACGCUCAAAUAGUUGGGUAACGUGAUAGAUUUUAUUUUAUACAUAUAUAUAUAUAUAUAGAUUUUUCUCUUCGCAUAAUAAACAAUACUACACAUCGAA